AUGAGGCAAAUCCUACGCCUCCGAGUAUUCAGUUCGCUACUGACAUCCACAAUGAGAAGUCACACGUACAUUGAUACUCUGGGCUCGGCCAGCAUUAUGGCCCGAAUCCUCGACGGCAAGGCUUUGGCUGGGACCGUGAAGGACGAAUUGAAGGAACUAAUUGCAAACUGGGUUAACCUGGGUAACCGGGCACCAUCCAUCCGCUGCAUCUUAGUAGGAGAGGACCCGGCUAGCCACACUUAUGUAAACAACAAGAUCAUUGCUGCAAGAUAUGUUGGCAUUAACGCUGAAGUGAUCAAACAUGAGAGUACUAUAUCCGAAGAACGGCUCAUCCAGGAGAUUGAAGCCCUAAAUGCUGACAGCAGUGUUGAUGGUAUCCUGGUUCAGUUGCCAAUACCUGAGACCAUGAGUGAACGGAAAGUGUGCAAUGCGGUCGCUCCUGAAAAGGAUGUUGACGGUUUCCAUAUUGUGAACAUCGGACAGCUGUGUGUUGACAUGCCUACAUUAGUGCCGGCUACUGCUUUAGCUGUUAUUGAGAUGCUGAAGAGGUUUAACAUCGAAACUUUUGGACGUAACGCGGUUGUAGUGGGCCGGUCUAAGAACGUAGGACUACCGAUUGCGAUGAUGUUGCAUAGUGACAAGAAACAUGACAAUGGUUUGGGCAUGGAUGCUACGGUAACCAUUUGCCAUCGCUACACUCCAAGUGAACAGCUGACUGUCUUCUGCCAGAAUGCUGAUAUUAUUAUUACGGCGACAGGUGUACCUAAACUAAUAAAGGCGAAUAUGAUCAAGCCUGGAGCAACCGUUAUAGAUGUUGGAAUCACCAAAAUUACUGAUGAAAAUGGAAAAUCCAGACUGGUGGGAGAUGUUGAUUAUGACGAGGUUGUCAAAGUGGCCGGUGCAGUGACCCCGGUCCCCGGUGGAGUAGGACCUAUGACCGUAGCUAUGCUGAUGCAUAACACCUUCCAAGCAGCCAAGCACUUAGCCCAAAAGGCUCAAUUACAGUAA